GGGCAUUGGGCACCCAUUGGCACCGUAAAACUUUCGCUUUUUCGUGUAAAGCACUAAAUACGACAGUUACCGAUGACUAAUAAUGUGUAUUCGACGUUUCGACCAUCGUUCUUACGAGAAAGCCAACGAGAAAUAAGACUCGUCUCUCGGAGUGAAGGCGAGGCGCCAUGUCGCCUUUUAGCAUCUCUGUCCUGAUGAUACUGACUCUUGGGGUGGAGGGGGACGCCGCCCCUGUACUUCGAGAUAAUAUGGAAAAGAUCGCAGCCCUAGACCAACCUGUUCGUCCCGCGGAGUUGGCUGAUUCGACCCUGUCACUGCGACACAUUCUGGCAGCUACUGGAAGCGACAGUGAAAAAGGAACAGUUUUGUCCGAGCUGCAAAAGCUGUUGACGUACCCGUUAUCCGGAAUAGUGAAACACAUUGCAAACCAAAGCGUCGCUCUGAGACCAGACGAAGACACGUAUAGUUAUGUUCGUUCGGAUACCGCCAAUGAAUUUAACCAAGUGGAGCAAGGGUCAAUAGAUGAUUCUCUACGACUAAAGAACGAGCUUUCAGUGCUACGCGACCUACGCAACAAUACAAAUAGUCGUGGCCGGCCAAGGCCGGUCCGAUCGGUCAACAUGGUCGUGUUACCUCCAUCUGAACUUCGACGCCCAGCAAAGAUCGAGGAAUUUGACUCCCCCGGCGAUGAAUUACGUGAAGUUGAGGACACUGAUGAUAGACAAGGGAUAGAUGAAAGCGAAGGCAGCGAUAACAAUGAUGAGGACGAUGACGAUGAGGAGAGUUUCAGUCAUUUUCGGGACGAUCCUCAGGAAACGGACGGUGCCAAUGAAUUAAUCGGCGGUGACGAGCCAUUAGCUGUGUAUUUCCGUGAUUUGGCGCUGGACGAAAAAGCCGAUACCUGGAAAAGCGGUGAGCCUGGCUUCAAUGGCGUCCAUCGAGGAGACCAGGACGGGUUAGCAGGAAGUGACGACGCUGCCUUGAUACAGAGACAUCAAGAGUCGGUCAGAGCAAGGUCACGAAGACGCUAAGCGUGGAACACCGAUAGGACAGGAUAAUACAUCGGACGCAAGGGCACAGGGACAGCAAUGCUUCGACCUUGAAAUCUGUCGCGUUAAAUUACAUAUGAUUGAGCAAAUUUGAUUUGACAGAAAAGAGAAAUUUCUUAAAAAUCUAGUCAUCAAAAGGGUCAGCCUUAA